AGCACGGCGAUGGAAGCAUGCCGACUUCCUCCGCGGGCUUGCGGCCAGACUAGACGGCGGAAGAGAAGGAGCCAGAUCUUCCUUCCCGCUUCACUGCGCUAGCUUUCAACACAUCGCCGAACGACUUCCGAUGGGACGUGCGUCAUUUUCUCCAUUUUAGCCUCGUUUUUCUGACAACGUCGCUCCUUCCCCACUCUGACCUAACCCCAACGUAAAGUAGGUGCCACUGCGCGAAACGCAGUCGCAGGGAGGGACCCCUUCUUAAGACCAAGAAGCACAGCAGCGACUCAUCGAAAUAUCAGGAACCAUGCCGAGCCCCAUGCCCGCCGACAAACGCAAGGUGGUCCUCAUCACGGGCUGCUCCAGCGGCAUUGGCCGUGCGCUCGCGCUCGAAUUCGGCCGCGCAUCGUCGCUCAAGCCCUCGCUGCGAGCCAAGGGCGCGCCGGGCGAGGCGUCGUACCGUGUCUUUGCCUGCGCCCGCAAGCUCGAGGCGCUGCGCGAGCUGCCGCCCGAGAUUGAGCGCGUGCGCAUCGACGUGUGCGACGACGCCAGCGUCCAGGCGGCCGUCAAGACCGUCAUCGACGAGGCCGGGCACAUCGACGUGCUCAUCAACAACGCCGGCGUCAACACGGCCGUGGGCCCGUCGUCGGAGGUGCCGCUGGAGAAGUUCCACUCGACGUUUGAUGCCAACUUCUUCGGCCUCAUCCGCGUCACCCAGGCCGUGCUGGCGCACAUGACGCCGCGCCGCAGCGGCACCAUCGUCAACAUUGGCAGCACGGCCGCGUACGCCAACAUCCCCUUUGGCUCGGCCUACUGCGCGUCCAAGGCCGCCGUGCACAGCUUCUCGGACGCGCUGCGGAGCGAGGUGGCGCCGCUGGGCAUCCGCGUCCUCGUCGUCGCACCGGGCGCCAUCAAGUCGUCGUUUGGCGACAACUCGACGGGCAACCUCGUUCUGCCCGCCAAGGGCUCCGCGUACGACAACGACGCAGCGCGCGCCAUCAUCCGCUACCGCGCCGUCUACAGCCAGACGGGCCGCAACACGCCGGCCGAGACGACGGCGCGCGUGAUCCGGCGCGAGGUGGACAAGUCGUACGUGCGCACCCACCACUCGCUCCUCGCCCGCCUCCUCGUCGUGCCCUGGCUCCUCAGCCUCGUCUUUGGCGGGCCCCGCGCCUACCUGACCACGGGCGCGCGCAGCCCCCUUGCCCUCCUCCUCUUCUACCUGCCCACCUCGCUCCGCGACCGGGCCGUGGCCAUGUACUUUUCCCUCGACAAGCUGCGCCAGUAGUCUCGCUUCUUUCCUCUUUCCUCUUACUCUCUCUCUCCUCUCUCUCUCCC